AUGCGCAGGUCAUCAUCGCACGUGCUCACGCCGGGGUACAACAGCAACCCGAGCGGUCGUCGUGCAUUGCGCUGCCGUCGAAGAGCCGACCUGACAAGCGACAGUUGUUACGACCAGCAUCCAUCCCGCACUGGAAAAAAAAAAGGCCUACCGCAGCAUAUUUCGCUGGCCACCACUCAUCCCAGACUCAAUCAGCAUCAGCCUCAUCUCUACCAUACCAGGCCAGUCCAAAGGAACGGGACGCAGCCGCAUUCCACGCCUUCACGCUUCCACAAGAAACCGCCAGGCGGCGGUGACGCUGACCUGCGCACGACACCUGGCAGCCAGCAGCAAGCCCCAACACGAUGCGAUCCGCACAACUCAACAUCUUCAGCCACACAUCCCAAACGUUGCACUGCACGUCGUUCACCGGACAGUAAGCACCGGCUGUUGUGCUUUCACGCACCCAAACAAACACACCUUGAGGCCUCCUGCUUCGGCGUCGCGGAGGGCCACCACGAGGCUGCAGGCGCACCGACGGCGAUGGAAUCCGGAUAA